AUGCCAAUUGAUUUUUUGCUCAAAAUUUUUAAAUUAGAAUACUAUUUCGAUAAACCACCGGAUGGUUCCAGUCUGCUGUAUUCGGAGCUACAAGGGAAAGUCUGCACUACCCUUCCAGUUAUUCGGUGUUUUGGUUCAUCGCCCGCGGGUUCGUGACUUUUUGCCUAAAUUCUAGACUAUUAAUAUGCGUGCAUAUCUUCGGCGAAUUAGUUCAUGUGGCCUGAAACUCUGUCAGAUGGUGUGGUUAAUUUCGAAUUGUUCAGCGGUACGAAUACCGCUGAAUAAUUUGAACGUGCCAUCGGCGUACUUUCGAUUGUCAAAUAAAAGAAAACAUAUCCGAAGGCAAACAUCACCAGUCGAUUUCGUAGACUAGAACUGAAAUGUGCUGAGACUUCGACACAGUGGCCCGAGACUCACUGCUAGGUCUGCUUAAAAGACUAGAAAACUCGGACAGUCGGACUGGACGCGUAUCCAGUUCGCUGUGUUUAGUUUGUCGGAUUUGGUUUCAUCAACAGGUUGAUCUCCAAAGUCUCCCAAAAUAUGUGAUUUCGUAACAUUUACCGUUAUGCGUUAAAUGCGAAAAAAAUUCGCAGUCUUUUCAUGCCCUGAAAUUUGUCAACUCAUCAGUUCUACAAUUACCCACAAAUAUUUGCGCGUAGAUCAAGCACCAAAAAGCGAAAACCAAGUACUUUAAAAUCGUUUAUUUGUAUUUUUCUAAUUAAGUAAACAGAUGUGCUCAACGGAGUCCCACUCGAUGCAUAAUACCAUUGUAGUGUCUCCUGAGAUAAUCUGAUUAAGAGGAAAGUUAAUCGGGCAUGUUUACGCUUACUUCUCGACAUAUCUUUGCAGUUUUGUAUAGAGUUGGCAUUUAAGUGAUUCUUGUUGGCUUUAGUCGGUUUGAAAAACCAUCUACAAUCAUAUGCAGACUAAUUGCGCACAAUUAACCGUCCGCCGUGCCUCGUUACCCCAGACAGCCUCUUUCCCAUCCAGUUUCGUAAUUUCCACUUUGAUACCAGCAUGCAAUGUAAGUGAAUAUGGCCGACGGGAAUUCUUAAAACAAAUGCUUAACUAACCCUAUUCAUACGUGUUGAAAACUCACGGACCAUUAUUCUGCAAAGGUUCUUCUGGACUUUCAAAUUCGAACAAAAAGCAUUCGAAUAGCAACAAAAAUUGGUCGGGCGUCCUUCGACGACCUAACUGUGCUUGGGUCGUGAUUAUGAGAUAUCAGAAAGACUGGUAGGAGACGUUUCGGCUCGGGUUAAUGAGCUUCAUCCUGUGCAGAUGAGAACAUAAUUUAACUCGAAGGUGUUAUCAUCUUUGAAAACACGCAUGUAUCGGAUGUCAUGUCACCAUUUUUGGAAUCAUUAGCCAAGCGAAGACAGGCUGUUACGUUGGUGAUCAAUGUUUGAAAUACCAUGUCGGGAGAUGCUUGCAGUGUUAUAGAAACCGUGUAUUUAUGUUAAAUUAAAGUUUGUUGCCAGUGAAACUCAACAGUUCUUUGCCAUUUUCGCAUGAACUGUUAUAUAUUUUUGCCACAUUGACAGGUGACCUGAUGUGGUGUGAAGGAAAAAAAGCAGCAAUGUAUCCCGCUCUCUUUAAUCAUACGAAACUAGGCAUUAUCAAAAAUGCCUUUAAUAAAAAAACGCACCGGGCUCUUUUACCUUAAUGCCACUGUAAUCAAGGCAAACGACGGGAAUUAUUUAAGUAUUUUUUCGUUUUUUAGUUUAUAGACCUAUGUUCUUUUUAAGUCCCAUGGUUAUCACCCUCAAUGAUGUUCAGUUAUCAGCCUUAUUCACCACCGUGCCCAAAUAAUUCGCUGGCAUAGACUAGUCUUCUGCUGCUCCCAAUUCUUCUAUUUCAAAGGGCACCUUGAUCCACGCUAGCCAUUAAGGCCUGUGGCAGAUCGUACAGCAAGUUCAACGCGUAUGACCUUAGGCCGGACUUUUGGGAGUGACAUGUGCACUCUAAGUGGAAUUUAUUUAACUUAAACGCCAUUUGUAAAAUAGCUGUGUGCAUGCUUCUAACUAGUCCAGUUUAAUUUUCAAACCGAGACUUUUAAUGCAGCUUUGGUUUAAGAAACUUUAUUCGCAAAAUAUACUGAACUGUCAGACUUAAAAACAUGUUUUGCUUCUUUUAUGAUAAGAGUGAAUCCCUUCUACAUCCUCACAUAGGCCAGAAGCUAUGUGCUCAUAUUCAUGGAGUCCUACCCUAUUUGUUUAUCGAAUACCCGGUCGGCGACUUAGAUGCUGGCCAAAUGCAAAGGACUCUGCGUUCACUUGCUCAGCGCCUCAAUGAAGCGAUCACUGCGAAAUUGCCCCGCUCUCCUGACGAUCAUCUCCGUGUCUUCGACAUCCGACCCCUCAGGGCAAAGUCAGUGAUUAGUUUGACCAAUUGGUUACUUUUAUAGGUCAAUUUAUGGCUACAGGGGAAAUCUGAACACAUUUUUAAAAAUUAUUCUCGUCAAUCCGGCUGAUAUUCAGGUAACAGGUGAUCUUCUGCUGUCAGGAGCGGCGUUAGGUUCCUCCUUUCAGCCUUUCGAAUCACAUAUUCCCUACCUACUUCAAGUAAGUUAUUUGGACUCAUUCCCAGAACUGCCAGAACUUUUUUUUAUCUUACCUAUAUUUUAUAGCAUUCAGAAACAACACUGUUAGUGACCUGCGAUCAGAAUUUAGGCCCAUUAACAUAUCUUUUCAUCGGAAUUUCCAUGCUUAGACACUGUACACUUUCGAGUUCAGCAUCGUUUCCAGGUCCAACUGUUAUCGUUCUCAGAUGCUCUGUAAGACUACCUCCUUCAAGGGGGGGAGGGGGCAAAACACUGAAUUCGUUAAUUAUCGAAGGCUCUCAUGGCUGUUCGUUUCGAAACAGUUCCUAGGUCGCCUCCUCUCCUUCUUUUAGAGGCGCUUUUGUACACGCUACCAGAUACUAAUCUUGUGCUGGUUUAUAAACCUUGUGUGCCUAGGUGCUUGUUGAAAAUGUACCAAAAAUAUACUCCUUCGAAACCACACUGCUAAACACACGCAGGCGGCGUUUUAUAUCACAAAUGUUGCUACAGGUAUCCAUCAAAACCACUUCACCCCGUGAACUAUGA